UAUGCCAAGUUUAUAACCGUUAUCAAUAAAAAUGUUUAUAUUUGCAGUGACUUGAUCGGUUCAAUUUAUUCUCAGCGAUUAAGUCGCAUCGAGCAAUUGUGAAAUAAAAAAUAAAGUUUUAAAAAUGCAUUGUAAAGUGAAUAAGUGUUGUUUUUGUUGUUCGCUUCGGUGGGGAAUAAUUUUGUUUGCGUAUAUUAAUGUGGUAUUCUUCCUAAUCGCAAUGGCAUGCCUGGUGGUGACCACGGAGCUGCACAAGUCGAAGAUCACUGGAGAAGCGUCCCUGGAGGUCAUUACGGCUACCGUGCUCUUCACUAUCCUGGGAAUGGGAGUGGUUCUGAACGUCAUGCUUCUGUUUGCUGGGUACCAUAAAGACAUCAGUAUGCUGAGGCUUUAUAAUUACUACGCAGCAGCCACUAUCGUCGCUUCUCUGGUGCCCACCUUCAUUCUGCUGUCGCGGCUGCAAGUUGCUGCUGUAUGUGCAGCCGCUUUUGCUAUCGUGAUGCAAUGCUACGUCGUAGUGCUGGUUAGAAGUACGAUCCUGAAACUGAAGUCGAAGGCAGCCAGACGUGGUCAAGAUACCUCUACUGCGGAGCAAAUUGAUGUGCCUGAUCGAGAUUCGCUGAUAUAAUGAUGAUAUUUCUCUAACACAAGUCCUCAUUAGAGAUAUGAUAAUGUUAAUUAAAAUAUUUUUUAUUAAUUAUAAUACUUACUCUAACAUAUUUAAGAGAGAAAGGAAGAAAAAUUUUUAUUCGGCAAAACAUAAUUAACAUUAAUUCCU